CUGCACAUUACAUGCCUCGUUCGGUUACAUAAUGUAAUAACUCUAUAAAAACACCGAGUACUUGACAAGGUAUAAUCAGAUCCGUCACACCGAAUAGCGGCUGCCGGGUACAAUUGAGUAUCAUGACUAAACAGUACGAGCGAAAAUUAUAGAUCCGCCCCCAGCCGAACAAACACACAGCGCAAACAAGAUUUUUUUUAAUCACGGGUCGCGGACGGAGGUUGUAAUUUGGGGGAGGCACCGGCCACGUCAGGAGGUGGACGUGACAUUGAGGCGGGCUAUUUAACGGCCGUCGAAGCCGGGGGAGGCUCAUAGCUCGUCACGAUGCUCGUCAGGAGCCUGCUGGUGGUGGUGGUGCUGGUGGGCGCGGCGCUCGCCAUGGACGAGGAGAUGGCGGAGCUGGCCCGCGUGCUGCGCGAGAGCUGCGCGGCCGAGACCGGCGUCGACGUCGCGCUGCUGGAUCAGGUCAACGGCGGCGCCGACCUCAUGCCCGACCCCAAGCUCAAGUGCUACAUCAAGUGCAUCAUGGAGACGGCGGGCAUGCUGGGCGGCGGCGACGUGGACGUGGAGACGGUGGUGGCGCUGCUGCCGGAGGACAUGCGCGUGCGCAACGAGCACAACAUCCGCGACUGCGGCACCAAGAAGGGGGCCGACGACUGCGAGACCGCCUUCCUCACGCAGCAGUGCUGGCAGCGAGCCAACAAGAAGGACUACUUCCUUGUAUGAUUUAGUCACAUAUUUGUCCGCUCCUCCGUAUUUUUUAUAAUUUAUAUACCGACGAAUCCUUUGUAUACUUGUAUACAUUCCAUAUACUCCGUUUAGAACCGACUCCACCUAAACUUAAACAGAGAGACAGUAGAACACAACCAUAUCUUCCAACUUGCAUGUCAUAUUACUGACUACUGUACAUUUACUGUAGUGGUGAAAUAAUUUUAAUACUUGUUACAAUAUGUAUAAUUAAAGAUAAAUAAUUGUUGAUGAGUUGUUAAUCCUAAACCACCCUGCACCUUUUACAUAGAAAUUAGAUACCGAAUUGAUGCCCAGGGACUGCUGGCGGCAUACACAUUACACACUCAAUCUAUAAUAUUCUAAUAAUAACUAAUAAGUCACAGACUUAUCAGCAGCAGCAGCCCAGGGUAAAUAUUGUUACUAUACUAAUAUGGCUAUUAAACAAUGGAUGUUAUUCAGAUAACAUAUUUUAAGAGUAAAUGGUUGUAUGUUUUUAAA